AUGUCAGAUGUCAGUGUUUCAAAUAUCAAUCGUAUUACAGGACCGGUUGUCAUCUCAAAAUUCAAAAGUCAACAUUUAGAGGACUACAUUGACAUUUUUCGUGAAUUUGAAAGCAAAAAGCGCAAACCUAUUCCUUCUACAGGAUUCGUUACUAUCCGUUUGUCUACUAGCCUCUCUGAGUUAUGUAAAGAAUUCAGAGAAACCGAUUUAAGGGAAUUAUUAUCAAAGUCCAGAUAUGAAAGCAAAGUCAAGGUUUUACAAGAUAAGUUGAGACUCGAUAGUGACAUCUUCAACGAGUUUUUUGAACCAACCGUUCGCGAAAUAAACAGUCAUGUAGAAAAUAUAUUGAAGGAAUCUUCCGUUGAUGGUUGUGCUGCCAUUCUCAUGGUUGGUGGAUUUUCUGAAUCAUCGGUGUUGCAAAAGAAUGUAAAGUCCACAUUUAAACAACUUAAAGUUAUCAUUCCGAACGAAGCAAACUUAGCAGUCUUAAAAGGAGCUGUCAUUUUCGGGCACAAGCCUACAACAAUAACUGAGAGGAUAUGCAAGUUUACAUAUGGGGAAGGAUCAUCUCAUAGGUACAGUGCUAGAUGCAAUCAUCCAAAAGGAAGAGUUAAAAAGGACGAAAAUGGUGACCUCCGAUGUUAUAAUAUCUUUGAUAUUCUUGUAAAAGCAGGGCAGUCUGUCAAGGUGGAUGAAGAACAACCAGAACAAAUAUUCACACCUAUUAUCGAUAACCAAACCAAUAUUAGCACCACAGUAUAUGCAUCCACUUCAACUAAUCCGCAACUUACUACAGAAGAUGGUUGCAAACUCAUUGGAACAUUGACAGUGCCUAUUUCUGACACAAGCUCGGGAAGAAACCAUGAAUUUGGAGCAAGUUUUAUUUUUGGAGGGACCGAGAUUGUUAUAAAAGUUGUCGACAAAGAGUCCGGUGAAAUGAUGCUUAAGUCUGUCGAUUUUCUUGGAUAG